AUGUACCUAGUCUGUGUUACAGGAAACCUGCUCAUCAUCCUGGCCAUCAUCUCUGACUCCCACCUCCACAUGCCCAUGUACUUCUUUCUCUCCAACCUGUCUUUUGUCGACAUCUGUUUCACCUCCACCACCAUCCUGAAGAUGCUGGUGAACAUCCAGACACAGAGCCAAGAUAUCACCUUUGAAGGCUGCCUUACCCAAAUGUAUUUCUUCGUGAUUUUUGCUGGGCUAGAUAAUUUGCUACUGACCAUCAUGGCCUAUGACUGGUUUGUGGCCGUCUGUCACCCCCUGUACUACUCAGUCAUCAUGAACCCUUGCCUUUGUAGUCUCCUGCUUCUGCUUCCUUGGUUAAUCUGCCUGACAUAUUCUUUGCUGCAAAGUUUGAUGGUAUUGAGGGUGUCCUUUUGUAAAGAGACAGAAAUCCCCCACUUCUUUUGUGAACUUGUUCAGAUCCUCAAGCUUGUUGUUACCCUUGACAACAACAUCCUACAGUAUUUUGUAAUGGGUCUGCUGGGUGUUAUUCCCCUGGCUGGGAUUCUCCUUUCUUAUUCUAGAAUUAGGUCCUCAUUAAUGGGCAUUUCAUCUGUUGGAGGUAAGUAUAAAUUAUUUUCCACCUAUGGGUCUCACCUCUCUGUUGUCUCUUUGUUCUGUGGUGCUGGCCUUGGGGCCUACCUCACUUCUGGAACAGCCCAUCCCUCCAGAAAGAGUUCAAUAGCCUCAGUGAUGUACACAGUAGUUGCCCCCAUGCCGAACCCCUUCAAUCUACAGUCUGAGGAACAGGAACAUGAAAGAGGCUCUGAGGAGACUUUUCAGCAGAGGAGCUCACUCUUGAGCUCAGCCCAGGUCCUGGAGGAGCAACAGGUGGUUGACAAAGACCCUGGCCCUGUCUCCACCACUGAGGGGCAGGUGUGCCACACCAGUGAGGGCCAGAGAAAGCCUGUUGUGACAGUAGCCACACAGGGUUCUGGGGGUCUGUCCUAUGAGGGUGGCACCUGGAAGCCUGGGGCCGGCAUCCCUGACACUGGAUCCUCAGAUGCCUGCUCCUGCAGCUUGGAGCUGUACCUCCCAUCCAGGCUUGACAAAGGCUAUGAACUUCUUGGGCCAGCUUGGAGCCCCAAUUAA